UACUAAACUUCAAAAGGGACAACUUUUGAAAACAUGUUUUGUAGUGAUCUUUAGAACUUUAGACCCCUAAAUUUCCAGAGGCCCAACCCCUUGCUCUUCGCCAUGGAUUUCGAUUUUUCAACUCCACCGCCAGAGGAGCGGAUCAUUCGGUCCAACAACCUGACCGAGGCACAGUUGAAGGAUCUGGAGAUUGCGUUCUCCCUGUUCGAUGAGGCCGACGACAAGGUAAUACCCAUACAGCAUCUGCCACACCUGAUGAGGAGUGUGGCCUGCCAUCCCACCGAGUUGGAAAUGCAGCAUAUUCUCAACGAAAUCGAUCCGGAUGGCAUUGGGGAACUAUAUCUCAGCGACUUCCUGUACAUCAUGUCCCAGAAAUAUGCAACAAUGACAACCGAGGACGAGAUCAUAGGUGCCUUCAGGGUCUUUGAUAAAGAGGGCACUGGCUUCAUACCCGAAUCAGAGUUUCGUCACAUAAUGAAAAAUAUGGGAGAACAGAUGACCGACGAUGAGGUGGAUCAAAUAGUCCUGGAUGCGGAUGCCAAUGUUGAGGGAAACAUUGACUAUGUACGCUUUGUGGCCAUGAUGUCAGAGACAUGAAGUGA